AAGCAAAUUGGACAAGUGUCGUCUGCUUCCAUUUAUUAGUUGACAAUUUCGAAAAAGUCAGCAGAGACAAAGUUCAAGAUUUUUAUUGUUAUAGAUUUAUUUGUUUUUGAUAACCGUCAUACUCCAUGCUGUUUAGCGGAUUUGAGGCCAGAGCCAGCCAUCAUAACCACACAGUAUGCAAGUUUUUCUUGUGCAGGUGUUAACCUUUCAACAAUCUCAGGAUCAUCGAUUGGAUAAACAGCAUCCCUCUUGAUUGUAGAAACUACCGAUGUCAAUCGAGUUACGGAUCUCUUUUUCCCCUUUAUUUAAACACAUAUCUGAAUGUGGGUGUAUUCACGUGGACACCCUAUCCCCUCUGGUGUAAUUUUAACUCUUCAGCGGAUGGAUGGAUCCCUGUGGAUGCCUGCUGGCUGUAUUUCCUAUAGGCAUAGUGUAUGGACAGAGCACUCAUCUUUACCUAAUGAAGAAACCUGGCGGGUCCAUGGCGUUUCCAUCACGAAUCCAUCGGCGACACAUUAUCGCCAUCUUUUUACUGUGGUCCUUAUUGGCAAUUUUCUUCCAUCAUUACAAUUCCGGCGGAUUGAAGAGGGAGAAAAUCCGCAAAGGGGACGGCAUGUGUCCCCCAGUUUCCCCACUGUUAAACGGUUGGACGGACGUUUCCAAUUACACCAGGAACGCUUUGAGUUAUUCCGGACGAUCGCCUUUACAACUUGGCGGGAGUUACCAGCCUGUCGAGUGCCGAACGAAUCGCAAACUUGCCGUCGUUGUUCCUUACAGGAACCGGAAUUCCCAGUUGGAUAUUUUUCUUCGUUACCUCCAUCCGUUUCUUCAGCGGCAGCAGCUCGACUACACCAUCUUCGUCGUAGAACAAACUGGAAAGCUAACGAAUCCGUUCAAUCGGGGUAUGCUGAUGAACAUUGGCUUCACCGAGGCUCUCCGUCUGCGAUCGUUUGAUUGUUUCGUCUUCCACGACGUGGAUUUAUUGCCGGAAGACGACCGCAAUUCUUACGCUUGUCCGGAAGUCGGAGAACCUCGUCACUUAUCCGUCGCCAUCAACACAUUCGAUUACAGACCUAUCGGUCCGAAUCAUUUUGGCGGAGUUAGUUCACUCACUACGGUCGAUUUCGUGGCGGUCAAUGGAUUUUCCAACAGGUUCUGGGGUUGGGGUGGCGAGGACGACGAUCUUUACGACCGUCUUCGUUCGAAAAAUCUGACCGUCCGUCGCCACCGUCCGCUGCGUCAGACGCGCUACACAAUGCUUCCGCACGACACGGCGAAGCCCAAUCCCGACCGGAAGAGAAUUCUCCAAGAAAAUCAAUUUAAUGCCUCUAAAGCGAUGAUGGCCGAUGGUUUAAUUACUUUAAAGUACCGGAUUCUCGACUUGCAAUUCAAAUCUCUUAGCACCCACAUUUUCGUCGAAAUUGAACGACAAUUCAAUUAAUUAGAUUAGAAUUAAAAUGUCAACACUGCCUUUCUAGUUGUGGCGACUCGCUG